AAUUGUUAAUGGAUUCAGAAUUGACGCUUGAGAUAGUAAUAUACUACAACUGGAUUCUCUGCAACCGUAAUUAAAAAAGAACCGGAAAUGAAAGAUAACCCAUCUCCUGCAACAAAAUACCCCUACUCCAUAAGUGCGCUUGCCUACCGGAAACACCCCCACGCGUUGGCUGCCGACCUCUCGAGGAGCCGAAUUUGAUCGUCUCAUGCUUUUUCUUUUCUGUUUGCGAUGGCCUUCGACGUAUCAACCUUUGAAACCCUAACCCCUUCUCGCUUUAUCUCCUUCACCAUACCCAACCCAUCCUCCUCUUCCCAUUCUCUCCUCCGAGUUGCUGUUCUUGACUCGCCACUCCAACCCACUCACCAACCCCGCAUUGCUGCUAUGUUAGUCCCACAAGACCGUGAAACUGAUUGGAUCUUCUCUACUAAAUCAGGUCAUCUCCAACUUCUCUUCACUUCUCCUCUAAUAUCCCGUUUCAUUUUGAUCGGUAACCAGCCUCAUUCUGAUUCCGAUUCUUUAAAUCAUAUUUACCACCGUCCGUUGAAUUGUUCAUUGAAUCAUCCAGGGUUUGAUUUUGAGGUCUGGUCAAAACCUCUUCUCCUUGCUUUGUCUCCUAAAUCUUUGUUUAAAAACGGUAUCCCUGAGAUACCGAUUUUGAGUUACGAAGAUAGCUUGCUUUCUAGUGUAGUAAUACAUCAAUGUAUUAGCUCUCAUGUUGGGGAAAUGUUGAUUGAAGAUGUCGAAAUUGAAACUCAGAGUGAAACUCAAAAUCAUGGUGGUUUUCAAAGAGAGUUUCGAAGGCGGUUGAGGUUCAAGAGGAUGCCUAAUCUGAUUCAAACAGAAGUGCUUAUUGUUCCAGAGCUGGGUUCUAGUUCGAAAAGUUUAUGCAUUGAAGAUGCAAAGUUUAUGCUUGAUCUUCGAAUUUUGGUUCACCCUUACUUGGCACCUAUGGUGGCUAGUCUUUCAAUAAUAAGUGAAUCUAUAGAUGGGCGAAUUCGAAAUGGGUUAAGACCAAAAGCUUUAUGCCUUGGGGUUGGAGGUGGGGCUUUGCUAACUUUUCUGGCAAUUCAAUUGGGUUUUGAGGUCAUCGGUGUUGAUAGUGAUAAGGAGGUUUUGAAGGUGGCAAAGAACUACUUUGGAUUGGAAGAAUCUGAAUUUGUCCAUGUUAUCCUUGGGGACGCGGUUAAAUAUAUGAAGAAACUUGCUUACCAUGGAAAACAACAAAGUAAGAGUUCUUUUGCUGAUGGUUUUGGUCACUUGGCGAAUGGUGAGGUAGCUCAUAAGUUUGAUGUUAUUAUGGUUGAUUUGGAUUCAAGCGAUAUAAGAGAUGGUAUAAGUUCUCCACCCCUGGAAUUUGUUAGAAAGAAUGUUCUACUUGCUGCAAAAUUAGUUCUUUCUGAACUUGGAAUUCUUGCAGUUAAUGUUAUUUCUCCAAGUCAGACAUUCUAUGACAAUUUGGUCAAUCAUUUUCAGAAAAUUUUCCAUGAUCUGUACAAGAUAGAUGUGGGGAAUGGUGAAAAUUUCAUUCUUAUUGCCACAGUAACACCUCAGGUGUUUUCUGUUGGGGAUUGUAGUAGCCCUUUUCUGUUGCAAUUGAAAUCAGUUAUUCCAAUAACAUACAUAAAUUCCAUAAGGAAGAUAUAAUGUCUCACUUGUUGAAGCAAAAGUGCUUUUAAAAAUCAUUCAUAUUUACUUUUUGCACAGCAAAACUAAUUGAAGAUGUAUUAGGAGUUUUGGUACAAUGAUGCAAGAUGAAGAAUGUUUUUAUCUGUAUCAUUGCUCUUAUGUAGAAAAGUUGCUUUAAGGCAAUUGACCAUACACUGUAGAAAAGCAGUAGUUUUUCUUGGAUAGAGAACAUUACAGUGAAAUUCGAUCUAUGCAGUCGACUCCACUUCACUAAAAUUUGAUUGAUUGAUGUUGUUAAUUUGCUGUAUUACGGUAAAUUUACUGUUUAUUAAGUGUUGCUCUCAACAUUGGUUGAUUUGAAAGUUGUACUAAUAGGGCCUUAUCAGAUGACAUGGGCUUGAGCAACAAAGGAUGAGCCUAGAGUAUGGAGAGUUUAUAUGAGGAGAAAUAAGAAAAGAGAGAAGGAUGAGAUAGCAGGGAGAGAAAGUGAGAAUUAGUGGGCGAGUGUGGUUCAGUUAUAUCUCUUAUGUAUUUCUGUGUUUCUGUGUAGAGCAUUACUCUUGUAGGUAGUAAACAUUUAUCUCUUAUGUAUUUCCCUUUUACCAUCAAUAAAGACAUACAUUCCAUA